CCACACAAGUGUGGCAAGGUGGUAGGUGAAAGGAAAAUAAACUAAAAGAUCUAACUAAGAAAUAAGAAAAAGGAACCGACAACGCCACCCUGGGAAUUUCACCUCAGGGAAUUGAUGCAAAGUACACAGAUCACGGGCAGCUGUGUAUUUCUGACAGGGAGAGGAGCUGAGAAGAUGAGGCACUUUCUUCCCUUCCUGUUGUUGCUGGUCCAGCUAUGCAGCUGUGACGGUUUCCUGAAGCCAGAGCUGGAGGAGGUCGUCCCCUCUCUGGACGCCCACAGCACCGCCUCCCCCCGGGCGAUGGACCCCGGGCCGGGGGUCCCCGAGGGGCCCCACCUGUUUGGGGAGAACGUGAACCUCCAGUGGGUGACCUGGGAAGGGGUCCUCCCCAAUGGCACGGUGAGCAUCUUCAACGACUACGCUGGGCGAACGGACUACGUGUGUAAAGUCAACUGCGAGGCGGGCUUCUACAACCCCAGCAUGGGGAACUUCUGCCUGUACCCCUACUCUGACCAGGAGUACACCUCCACCAAGUUCCAGGUCCUGGUCAACGUGGACCACUUUGAGUUCCUGGAGUGGAAGGAGGACUCGUACGGUUCCGUCCCUCAGCAUGCCAUUCGGACCUGCCCCGGGGUGGACAUCUUCGUGGGAAAGAACAAGUACGGUCUGGGCAAGGUGGUGAGCCUGCACGAGGCCUUCUUCCUGCCCUGGGAGGGGGACGAGUACUGGUACAAGAAGUACCAGGUGCUGAGCAUCAACCGGGACGCCUACAGCCAGCACAUCUCCCACGUGCGCUACACCAUCGACCAGAUGGAGCUCUUCCACCACCCCCCCGAGGCACUGCAGCUGGCCAAGGUCACAAACCUGGAGUGCACCAGUGUGGAGAAGAGAGUGUCCCUUGAGAAGAGCAGCAGCACCCGGAAGACCUGGGACAUCGGCCGUCAGACGCGCAACGGAUCUGUGUCCACCAUGAAGGCCCAGGUGCCCCUGCUGGGCCCCGGCACGCUGGACUUCACCAAGGAGCAGACGGUGAGCUUCUCUGAGGGCACUAGCCUGGAGGAGACCCUGGACCACGAGGUGGCGGUGGAGCUGCUGGUGCCUCCCAACCACUCGUGCACCGUGAGGAUGGAGGGCCGCAAGAUGACCGCUGACCUGCCCUUCACGGCGCGACUGAGCCGCACUAACCCCCGCGGGGAGACGCGCUGGACCUCGGUCACGGGCACUUACGACGGCGUGCAGGUGGGCGAGAUCAGCGCGGUGGUGGAGCGGUGCCAGCUGGUUGCCGAUGUAGCGCCCUGCGCCCCCCAUCCACAGUGAGGCGCCCCCAGGGAUUUGUCAGCAUCGUCGUUAAAGCCACGAGUUAAAUCUAAAUAAAGCUCUCUCAAAUCUUCAAGCUCUCCUCGAAAUUGUUCUUUCGUGGGUUUUUUUCACGUUAUUUGGGUUGUGAGUCCCAAAAGUGCUGACUUGUGGGAAGACGGUAGAAUAAAUUAAAUAUGAAGCAGAUGAAAUGCUUAAUACUGUUAUACCAUCUUUGUCAAUGGCAAUAGGCUGUAUGUUCACAUAUUCAAGGAAUUUCACUGGUAUUUGGAAUUUUCUGGAGCUGUCAGUGAGAAGAAUUUAGACAUAUAUC